UCAGUUAGCAGCCAUCUCGAAUCACACACCAGAAAUAUUCAUAUCGCACAUCAGUCUACUAGUACCUGCUGGAGUGCUGGAGCAGCAGCACACAUACACAGUCUAGUCUGACGACAAUGCUCGGGUCAGUCUUCAUCAUCUUGCUGUCCAUCGCCGCGGCGGACGCGGCCGGCAUCGGCGUCACCUACGGCAGGCGCGCGUCGAGCCUCCCGCCGCCGGUCGACGUGGCGCGCUUCCUCGCCCGCGGCACCAUCGUCGACCGGGUGAGGCUCCUGAACGCCGACCCGCUCGCCCUGCGCGCCUUUGCCGGCACGGGCCUCGCCGUGGACAUGACCGUCCCAAACGCCCUCGUGCCACGCCUCGCCGACAGCGUCGCCUUCACGCGGCAGUGGGUGCGCACCCGCGUCGCGCCCCUCGCGGCGGCGGGCACCAACGUGUCGCGGAUCCUCGUGGGCAGGGAGGUGAUCUCGCAGGCCAACCGGACGCUGCUCCUCGCCCUCGUGCCGGCCAUGCAGAACCUGCACGCGGCGCUGGUCGGCGCGUCGCUGGAUGGUAAGAUCACGGUCUCGACCGCGCACUCCCUGGGCGUCCUGGACGCGCUCACCACGUCGCCGUCCGCCGGGCGGUUCCGCGAGGGGUACGACGCGGCCGUGGUCAAGCCGCUCCUCGGCUUCCUGCGCGCGACGGGCGCGCCGUUCAUGGUGAACGCGUACCCGUUCUACGGCCUCACCGACGACACCCCCCUCGACUUCGCGCUGUUCCGGGUGGGCGCCACGGGCGUCAUGGACACUGGCUCCGGGCUGCUGUACACCAACGCGCUGGACGCGCAGCUCGACGCCGUGCACUCGGCGAUGGAUCGGAUGGGCUUCGGGGACGUCGACGUCGUGGUGGCCGAGACCGGGUGGCCGUGGGCGGGGGAGGACUGGGAGAAAGGCGUGGGCGCGGACCUCGCCGGGGACUACAACAGAAACGCCAUCCGCCACCUCGGGUCCGGUGUCGGCACCCCGCUCAGGCCGAACCGCACCUUCGAAGUCUCCAUAUUCUCCCUCUUCGACGAGGACCUCAAGCCCGGCCCGCUGUCGCAGCGUCACUUCGGCCUGUUCCACGCCGACAUGACGCCAGUCUACGACGCCGGCAUCCUCACCGCUCCGGAGUAUGUUGGGCCAGUGAGUUCCAAGGUAACACCUGCGGCAGCGGCAGCGGUACCGGCACCCGCGCCUGACGCGACAGCGGCGGACUCGGGCUGGCGGCGGUGGUGCGUGCCGGCGCCGGCAGCGGAUGCGGCGGUGCUGCAGGAGAACAUCGACUUCGUGUGCGGCCAGGGAGGCAUCGACUGCAGCGCGAUACGGCUGGGCGGCAGCUGCUACGAGCCGGACACGCUGCAGGCACACGCGGCGUACGCCAUGAACCUCUAUUUCCGAAGCAACGGAGAUCACGAGUUCGACUGCGAGUUCGGUCAUACCGGCGUCGUCACCACCGCUGACCCAAGUUUUGGAGGCUGCAAUUUCACAUAAAACAAGGGGGACGACGUACCGAUGCAUCCGCAGGGGAAGAAGACCUGUGUUUAUGUUUGGUGUUCAACAUGCUUCUUAUUCAACUUUGUGCGUCAACACUUCAAAAAAAAAAAAGUGUGUGUGAACUUUCUUAUAAAUGAUAUAGUACCUCUCCGCUUUACUGACUCACAUUUAUGUAGAUACACUACACACAAAAAUGCGUCUAGCUAGAUAGUCAAUUAAUAUCCAAUGGAUGAAGGGUGUGUUUGGAUGGGAGCCCUAGGCUGCCAAGCCAAAUAAUUGGCGUUGACCAUGUGCUUGGCUAUGGUUUGGAUUGGAGCCCAUUAUUUGGCGAGCCAAAUGCUAGCUUCAGAUCAGCAGUACUAAUUUACGCCAACGCAUUGGCAAGUCGUGGGCGGCAGAAAGCUGCGCCAAUAUUUUGGCUGCCCUUGCAUUGGCGGGGCUAUCCCUGGCAAAAACCAAACAGACCCGAAAUAUCUGCUAAGAUCAAUCUCUAGUGAAAAGCUUUAAUCAGGGUACAUCAUUAACAGUUCGUUAUUUAGAGAAGAAUUGGGAUAGAACUAGAGCAAGUGUAAUAGUAUGCUUAUACCUUGCUUAAUUGAUUUUUUUUUUUGUCUAUGUAAAGGAGAGAUACAUGAAAAAAGUAAAGGGAGUGAGCUCUCGUGUUAAAGCCGGCUUAAACACAUGCUCCCAAGCAUCCGUGACUGUGUAAGGUGGGUCAUAUUGAGAAUAAGUAAGUGCAAGUAUACUUGCCCUAUGCCAGGGCGUUC